GCGCUCUGCACUGUAGGUCAAUGUGAUUUUAAACGUAAAAAUUUAUUUAUUUCAGCAAAUGGUCCGAUAAAAAAUGGCAGCUAGAUUCUUUAAUUUGGAUAAAUCUAAGAAUUCUCCAGCGGCUCGAGUAUCGUUAGACAUGGAUUCCUCAGCGGAGAUAUUUGGUGAGACUCCUGAGCCGAGCCCUGUAGCGACUUUAAACUCAGUGAGAAAGCCAACAUCACGACGUGCGGUCUCUGAUAUCACAAAUCUGCCCUCAGGAGACCCGAAUAGUACUAGGAAGCCAACUUCGCGAAUUCCCGCUGAUCCAACAGAUUCUGGUAUUUCUGAUUCUGGCACUAAAUCUAAAUCUGUUACACCAGAGGAUUAUAGGCACAGAUCUCCACAGGUUAUUUAUGAUAGUGAAGAUGAUGAAGAAACCGAGGAAGAAGAAGGAGAAGAAGAUGUGUCUGAAAAUGGGUCCGAUGAAAAUGAAAGUUUGCUCGUCAGCAGGAAAAAGAAAUCCACAAUAAUCAGCGAUGAUGAAGAUGAUGACGGGAACAAUGAUGACGAAAGUGAUGAUGAUGAUGAGAAUCCUGGUAGUGAUGAAAAUGCUCCAAAAGAGGAUUCAGAUGUUGAUGAUGUGAGCGCGUUAGUUCAGAAAAUAAAGAGUUCCGGUGCUGCCAAUAUCGUCUCCAGCGACGACUCUGACGAUAAUGCACCAAUUAUAAAGUCUAAAUCAAGAUCAAGUAGACCUCGGCUUAUUUCCUCAGAUGAAAGCUCUGACGAAACUAUCCCUGGAUCUGAAUCCGAUAUCUCCUGUUUCAACCCCAGCCCGGAGAAGAAUAAGUCGGGGUUAAAACCCAACCCGGAGAAGAGAAAUUCAGGGUUUAAACCGAACCCGGAGAAGAGAAAGGUUGACUCUGACUCCGACGUGUAUUUAACCCCACCUCCUGCCUCCUCUGACGAGGAUGAAGUCUCCGGUUUGGUAAAUACUUUAAAGGAUCGGAGGAACCUAAAUAGAUCGGAGGACAGGAGGCAGCUUGUCGAUAAGCCUAAGAAGGUGGUUGAAGAUGAAGAUAUAAUAGAUGUGAGCUCUGAUUCUAGUUCAGAAGACGAAAUCAAAGAAGUUGUUCAACCAUUAAGGAAAGCCGAGUACACGGAUAAGGACAGGAAUGAAUUAGAACAGCAGAUUUUGACUCUAAAAUCUCAGAUCAGAGCUAAUGAAUUCAUCCUUUCUUCAAGGGGCCGUAACCUUCCUGACGGAGGAGCAAACCUAAAGGAAACUAUUAGACAGGAUGUUGCAAGGAUGGGGAAACUCAGAGAGGUUCUGGGUAAAGCUGAGAUGCAACGCUCAGUUAGCUCAGGUUACCUACCCCAGGCUCCGAGUAUGUUUAAAACUCUCUCCGGCAGUAGUCUUCCAUCCAUCAAUAAUCUUCCACCAGAGGCACAGCUAGAGAGGGCGAAGAAAAAGAAGCUUGAUCUACUGAACAGUCUGAAGUAUGCAUCUAAACUACAUGACGGAGGAGAAAAGAUGAGGGAGAAGUUGGAUGAGGUUGAAUCAGAGAUCAUGAAACUAACUAAACAAGUUGGAGCAGAUAAUCCAAACAAACCAGUUUUUGGGGCUGGAACCACUUCAGCAGCAGCUUCAUACACAAACCAG